UCCGAUGCACUGCCUGUUGCAAACACGUUCUAACACGUCUCCACAGGCCCAUAAAUAUCAAUAAACCCCGCCAUCACCCCUACCUCACCCAAGAGAUGUGCAAACAAGUGAAAAGUGAUGGGAAAAUCCCCUCGGAGCGAUAGCAAACCCGAGGAAAUAAAUUGAGUAAUCGUGCAAAAAGUGCUCUAAUUGUGGUAAGAAUAAUGGAAAAUCAUCAGUCAUCAUCGUCAAUCAUCACUGGAGUUCAGAUGGACCAGGUAGACCUAUCGUCCUCAGGAGCAGACAGUGGAAUAGCGAAUGGUACGUCCUCAGCCCUGACGAGUGGCUCAGGCCUCACUGAAUCCAGCAAUGACUCCUCCAACUACUCCAUGCGCACCCCAGUGUCCGAGAACAGGCCCAUCAACAACUCCAUCUUCAACACCAUCUCCAAGCUGGUGAACCCCUCGACGAAGGUCCCAGACAUCGAUGACUUCAAGAUAGUCAAGCCCAUAAGUCGAGGUGCCUUUGGAAAGGUCUUCCUGGGGUACAAGAAGACCAACCCCGAGCAGGUCUAUGCCAUCAAAGUCAUGAAGAAGAACGAGAUGAUUCACAAGAACAUGGCCUCGCAGGUCGUCAUUGAGAGGAAUGCUCUGGCCCUCACCAGGAGCCCUUAUUGUGUGCAAUUGUUUUACUCGCUGCAGUCGGUCAGCUCUGUCUAUCUGGUGAUGGAGUACAUGGUUGGAGGGGACUUGAAAUCUCUACUCGGCUAUUUUGGAUACAUGGAGGAGUCGAUGGCGCUCUUCUACACCGCAGAGGUCUGCCUAGCCCUGGAGUACCUCCACUCCCACGGAAUAGUCCACCGAGACCUGAAGCCCGACAACAUGCUGUUGUCUCGUGAGGGUCACGUCAAGCUGACGGACUUCGGCCUCAGUAAAAUCUCAACCCUCCACCGAGACCUCGAGAUCUCGGACCUAGUCAACUGCACCCCCAGCCUGCUCGCACGAACCCCCGGGCAACUGCUCUCUCUGACAUCUCACCUGUCCUUUGGCUCCGGUGGGAAAUCCCUGGACUCCAACCUGGACACGAGUGACGAUAGUGUCCCAGCGAUUAAUUUAUUGCCAGCCCUCCAGGAGCGCAAGGCGCGCUGCCUCUCCUCAAUCUCCCUAGCUUCAUCAACAGCAUCUGGAGAUUAUUCGAAAUUGUCUGGAGUCACUCCCUUCCAGUCGGCCGAGGAUCUCCACCUGUCUGACGCCGAGGAGUUACCGGAGGAUGAGGAUACCGAGGCGUUCGAUGGAGAGGGAAACAGCACUGCUAGCUAUCACACCUGUGAGGCAUCGUCCAUUAAGCAGAUCAGUGAAUUGGACGAUAAGGGGGAUGAGGAGGACGAGUCGACAAUCGAAGCUGAUAAUUCUAAUCAACCUGUGCAGCAUCCCAGCCCUCUCAGCACUGGCAAGAACUCCUUUCCGAGGGGGACCAAGCGGAAACGAACCGCCAUAUCUGGGAGCACUGGACUCACGAUGGAGAUUUCUCUCAUGGAUCUGGAGGGGCAUACCACACCGAAGAGGAAGAACAGAGGCACAAUCAUCGCAACAACAAGUCCCUCAGUGCCCAAAGAGGAGCCCCCAGAGGAUCGGAAGAGCCAGGAAGCAGGAUCAGGUGGAAGAGUGGCGUUCAGUACCCCAGUCUCAUCCCUAAAAAGCCGAAACCGAGAGGACGGCAAGCAAAACGAGGGUAAAGUCCCCAUCAAGAGCACGAGAUUUGACCUGCCACCCCCAGCAGUCACAUCGAACCCCCCAGACCGCCACCAGGACUCUGGAACCGACGAGCACACGUCCCCCCAGGGAAUCUCCCCCAUAAAAACCCCAGCAACAUCUGGCAACAGCUUCACGCCCUUCAGAACCCCCAAGAGCGUGAGGAGAGGGGUGCCAGGAACCCUCAACAGAUCAGACGAUAGGAUCCUAGGGACACCUGAUUACCUGGCCCCAGAGCUGCUGCUGAAGGAGGGACAUGGACCAGCUGUCGACUGGUGGGCCCUUGGGGUAUGCCUCUACGAGUUCUGCACUGGACUUCCUCCCUUCAACGACGAGACACCUCAAGCUGUCUUCGCCAAUAUUCUCGCCAGGGACGUACCCUGGCCCGAGGAGGAGGAAGUACUCUCUGAGGAGUGCGUCAAGGCCAUCGAUGCUCUCUUGACCCUUGAUCAUAAUCUCAGACCCUCGGCUAAGGAGGUCAGGGGGAUGGGCUUCUUCAGCUCCUUCCCCUGGGAUCAACCUGGCAAGGCCACUCCACCCUUUAUACCUCAGCCUGAUGAUAAUUAUGAUACUUGCUAUUUUCAAGCUCGAAAUAUUCUUCAGCAUCUCAACGUCAGUAACUGUGAGAAUUAAUUCUCCUCGAAGUCUUGUAGAUUAUUCAAUUGAAAAAAAUGUGAAUUAGUGUAAAUAUUUAUGUAUUUGUAAUAUACAAUUAGUGUAGCUGAAAUCGUCACCAGCAUUUUGUACAAUUUUCCCACAAUCUCUGUAAUAAUUCAUAUUUUUUUAAACAUCUGCUGAGGCAAUGUAUUUUUGUGAUAUAAAAGAAUUUGCAGAAUGGA